UGAAUUUCUUAGUGAAGCAGAUCUCUGUUUCCAGGGCGACCUGCGACUGCUGGAUGAAGUCAUUGCUAGGCUGCCCGUCGCCAUGGUUACCCGCGGGGGGCGGAGCCGCGGGGUGACGCGGGCGGGGGCGUGCCCGCGCUGCGCGCUCCCGCGGCCCGCUGGUUUUCCAGCGCAGAGGCGAGAAGAUGGCGGCCGUGUCGAGCGGCGGCGCAGCCGGAUCCGCUCCGGCCGGGAUCACUCACCCGAACCGAGCCGCCCCGGCGGGGAUGGGUAACCAGAGCCGGGCCCCCGCUUCCAACAGGAUCAGCAACCACAACCGAGCCCCGCAGAGCGCCGGGAUCAGUAGCCCCAGCCCCCUCCCCCCGAGCCGGGCCCCGCUCGCCCGAGUCGGAUACUAUGAGAUCGAGAGGACGAUUGGCAAGGGGAACUUCGCCGUGGUCAAGCUGGCGACGCACAUGAUCACCAGGGCCAAGGUGGCCAUUAAGAUUGUUGACAAGACGCAGCUGGAUGACGAGAACCUGAAGAAGAUCUUCAGAGAGGUCGAGAUCAUGAAGAUGCUACGACACCCUCACAUCAUCCGACUCUACCAGGUCAUGGAGACGGAACGCAUGAUCUAUCUGGUGACGGAAUACGCCAGCGGCGGGGAGAUAUUCGAUCACCUGGUGUCUCACGGGCGCAUGGCAGAGAAGGAAGCGCGCAAGAAGUUCAAACAGAUCGUGGCUGCGGUGCACUUCUGUCACUGCAGGAACAUCGUGCACCGCGACCUGAAGGCAGAGAACCUGCUGCUGGACAACAACCUCAACAUGAAGAUCGCAGAUUUUGGGUUCAGUAAUCUGUUCUCUCAAGGCCAGCUCUUGAAGACGUGGUGCGGCAGCCCCCCCUACGCGGCGCCUGAGCUCUUUGAGGGCAAGGAGUACGACGGGCCCAAAGUGGACAUCUGGAGUCUCGGAGUGGUGCUCUAUGUGCUGGUGUGUGGCGCCCUGCCCUUCGAUGGCAGCACUCUGCAGAACCUGCGUGCCCGAGUGCUGAGCGGAAAGUUCCGCAUCCCCUUCUUCAUGUCCACAGAGUGCGAGUACCUCAUCAGGCACAUGUUGGUUCUGGACCCUAGCAAGCGUCUCACAAUGGAGCAGAUCUGCCGACACAAGUGGGUGAAGCUGGGAGACCCUGACCCCGAAUUCGACAGGCUCAUCGGAGAGUGCCAGCAAUUGAAGACAGAGAGGCAGGCUGAGCCCAUCAAUGAGCAGGUGCUGCUGGCGAUGGUAGAGAUGGGACUGGACAGGGAGCGCACACUACAGUCUCUAAGGACAGACGCCUAUGAUCACUAUAGCGCCAUCUACAGUUUGCUGUGUGACCGGCUGAAGAGACACAAGACCCUGCACAUCACUCCUCCCAGCCUGCCUCGAACCAUGGGCUACCCAGCAGCCAGCAUGCAGGUACUGAGACCAGAGGGGGUUGCUGCUGGCAUUGUGUGUGUGGUAGUGUUGCUGAUGGCAGUGUGUGGUAGUGUUGCUGAUCCCAACGUGAACUUCAUGCAGAACCUGAUGCCCAUGCAAAACAUGCAGCAUGCUGCCCAGCUAGAGUACAAGGAGCAGUCUCUCCUGCAGCCCCCCACUCUGCAGCUCCUCAAUGGGAUGGGUCCUCUCGGCCGCAGGGCCUCUGACGGAGGAGCCAACAUCCAGCUCCAUGCCCAGCAGCUGCUGAAGAAACCCAGAGGGCAGUCUCCACUGGUGUCCAGCCCGCACCCAAUCCAAGCUGUGGCCCCCGUGGAUGAGGAGGGAUCAGAUGGAGAGCCGGACCAGGAGGCUGUACAGAGGUACCUGGCGAACCGAUCGAAGCGACACACGCUGGCUAUGACCAAUCCCACUGCUGAGAUCCCCCCAGACAUCCAGAGACAGCUGGGGACCCAGGCAUCACGCCAGAGAGUGUGGGCUCAGCACCUACUAGCACCAGAGCAGCACGGGCGGUCAGUCUACAAGGACUGCAACACCCUGCACCUGCCCACUGAGCGCUUCUCCCCAGUCAGGCGCUUCUCGGAUGGGGCCGCCACCAUCCAGGCCUUCAAGGCCCAUCUGGAGAGGAUGGCAACGAACCACAGCAUCAAGCAGCUCCAGCAGGAGUGUGAGCAGCUUCGGAAGAUGUAUGCUGCUUCCCUGGAUGAGCGGCUCCUGGAGCACACCCAGCACCAGCACAUCCUGUACCAGCAAGAGCAACAUCACCAGAUCCUGCACCAGCAAAUCCAGGAGUGCAUUCGCUCCACUCAGCCCUCCCCUCCUCUGCAGGCUCUGUCCAUGGGACAACACGGAGAGAACCAGCCCAGCCUGCUGACGCACCAGCUGCAGAGGCUCCGGAUCAAGCCAGCCAGCCCACCCCCCACCCACCCCAGCAACCACCUCUUCAGGCAGCCCAACCAGAGCCCCCCUCCCGGAAGCACAGGCCUGCUGCAGAGCCACGGAGCCGGCUCUCCCUCCCAGUACCAAGGCAUGUCUUCACACAGCGCUGCUUUGUUCCAGCAGUCCAGUAACAGCCCCCCUCCCCCUGGCCUGCCGCGGGUGGGCAUGGCUCCUCCCCCUUCAAACAUGCCCCGUGGUGUUUCCAUGGCGCCGGCCCCUCCCGCGCAGCAGGUGACUAUCCAGGUUCAGGAGGCAGGGGUGCCCUGUGAGGUACCCCCACACCUCCACAUCCAGCAGCAGCAGCAAAGGCAGCAGAACCUCAUGGCUUCACUGGCAGUCAGCGGGCACCGUGUGCUGGGCAAGCAGCUGAGCGCAGAUAGCGCCGAGACACACAGCAGGAGCCUGGGUCGCUUCUCCUCGUCGACGAGUUAUGACCAGACUCACCUGCACCCUCACCUGUUCCCUGAGAACGCCCGCGUGGCAGCCGGGACCUACAGCCAGGGCACUGGGCCGUUCCUGCAGGCCCCCUCGCUGAAGAUGCCCACGCUGGACCCCUUCCAGAGCUUCCAGCAGCAGCAGCAGCAGCAGCAGCAGCAGCAGGGGCAGCAGGGGCAAGGGGUCUACAUGGCAGCCUCUGCACUACAGCAGGCUCUGCUCUCUCCCACCCCUCCCGAGUACCGGCCCCAGCAGCACGUCACGCACACUCUGCAGGGGCUGCUGUCUCCCCGGCACUCCCUCAGUGGGCAAGGGGACCUGCGACUGCCCGCUGUGGACCUGGCACAGCUGCUGAAGAGGCAGGGAGGCAGAGCCCCGCAGCAGCAGCGGGACUACAGUGACAUGCUGCUGCUCAGGCACAUGAACCAUGGGGACGGGGUGGCGGGCAGGGGGUCAGUGGGGGGCUUCCAGCAGUGCCAGGACCCCUCCUCGGCAGCGUCCCCCUUCCACCACCCUAACCCCCACUCCCACCACCUGCUGCAGAUCCAGUCCCAGGACUGCCCCCCUCCCCACGCAGCCUUCUCCCCGGCUGGCCCCCCCUCUCACCCCUCCUCCCUGCAGCACUCGGAGAGCAUGGAGGAGGAGGAGAGCCCCCAGCUCCAGGGCUACCCGGACAGAUCACUGACCAAAGCGGGGUGCCAGGACAGUGCACUGCUGCUGAGCGGGGACUCGGACACACUACUGGGGGCCCCCCUGAACCCCGCGCAGCAGUACGGGGCCCCAAAUCGGCAGGGCUUCCUGCGGAGCGGCUCCAGCAGCAGAGAAUCGCUGUCAGGAGAGCGCAUGGACAGAAGGACCCCUGUGCAGGCCAUGGAGAUGCCUGAUCACAAUGGAAUGAGUUACUCACCCCGCCCGGCUGCCAGCGACCUUUACAGGACCCGCGGGUCUCUGCAGAGGCACCACACCAUCCAGAACUGCGACGAUGCCUAUGACCAGGUGGAGCCCAUGUCUGGUAUGAGCCUAUUGGCUGGGAAGGCACUUAGCUCUGCCCGAAUGUCUGAUGUCAUCCUCAGCCAAUCAUCUCUCACGGGAAGCCAGCAGUUGCAGAACCCGGAGGAUGAGGAGUGUGGGGAGGACACGGAGGACAGUCAACAGCUCAGCAGCUCCUGCUACCCCUCCUCCUGCACCAGCGACAUGCUUCUGAGCUACAAGCACCCGGACCUGCCCUACAGCAUGGAACAGGCAGGGGUGUAGCUGUGGAGAGGUGUCUCCAGCCUUGAGUUUCUAAAGGUUCAUUUCAGCCAACAGUAUCUAGCAGCAUCACGCCAAACAGCCAUUGUAUUUCUUUUCUUGUGGGAUUUCGUGGCUCCAGUCUGUACGUCAAUCUACAGUGUGUUCUAACUGCCAUGUCUGCCCGCGUCAGCUAUUCAGGAAAUUACAAGAGAGAGAGAAUCAAGGGUUUGAAAUUUAAAAAGGGAAAGAAUCCAGACCAAGCCCAGGAAUGCACAGACGUCACGUGACGGGAAAUCGGCUCUCCUGAUUGGGUGUGGAAGAUUCGGUACUCCGCCCUAUUGGUGUGGUUGGAUAACCUGCCCUCAAUCAAGUCAGGCCAAGCUGUUAUUAACCCCCCCUUACCCCCCAAGCACACACACACACACACACACACACACACACACACACACACACUGACUUACAAGUACAAACCCACUCACUCACAAUACUCCACCUACACAUGCUGUGCUCUCAGAUGCCAAAGUUCAUACGUGUGCACGUGAUGGCUGCCACACGCACAGCACACGCUGACUGAGUCUCACACACAUACAGAGCACAGCACACACUGACUGUCUCACACACACACAGAGCACAGCACACGCUGACUGACUCACACACACACAGAGCACAGCACACGCUGCUGUCUAGCAGAGGAGGCUGUGCGUGCCGUGAGGAGGCGCAGGAGAGAGGGAACAGCAGCUCGGUUUCCAGGUAAUUCCAGAGGACUCUCCUGCUGUUCUUGCCGAGGGAGCCCGAUUGCACUUCACAUGCGGACGGCAGUCAGUCUGCAUUGCAGAUCCCUGAAAGGACAGGCACAAUUUCUAAAACGUCAAGAAUUGAGGCUUGAAAGUAAGACCUCUUUUGAUCCCUCUGGGACGCUCAGAUUUCCCAGUUGAUCUCCUAACAGUGGUGCAAUACGCUUUCUGUGUCUCUCAUUGUCGUCGCCCCCAGUGGAAUUGCAUUGAUCCCAUUACGUUUGUUUCCUUUCAUAAAACCUGCUUAUAGACUUUAUAAAUGUAAAAAAAAAAAAAAAAAAAAAAGGCUUUCUUAUUUUUUUUCUACCGUUUCUUCUCUCGUUUAUGUAGGAAUUAUGAUUCUGAUUAUUGUUAUUUUCACUCUGUUCUGUAAAUGGUAUUCUAAAGGAAGUCUGUGUUUUAAGAAGUAGAUGCUGUUCUGUUUGAACUGUAACCUGCACCUUUUCUUCAAAGUAUUUCCCUCUUUGAUGACUGAUCAUUCGUGACUCCUGGUUGUUCUCCUUGUGCCAGUAACAAUGUGUUUAUGCUACCUUUCCAUUUAAACAUGUGCAUUGUAUUUGUAAAGUCAUAAUAUUCUGCUUUUGUUAUUUUAAUGAGACAGUAAUUAUCCCAAAAACGUGUUUCUGUUUUUUUUUUUUUGAUGUUUAAAAGGGAGGCUGUAAUUAUUUUUCUCUUUGAACUCUAAAUGGAACAGGCUGAUGCUUUGAAAAGCCAGUCUUAAGGGUCUUUCUGGAUUUGCACAAUGAAAGACUGGUGUGAUCUGAAGGACUUCUGGGAGUCAAUAAAACUCAGUGAACUUAAUCCUCCUCCCUCCCCUCUCCCCAGCCUGACAGAGAGGAGAGCGCUGGACAGCAAACUCAGUGAACACAUCCUCCUCCUCCUCCUCCCCUCCCCUCUCCCCAGCCUGACAGAGAGGAGAGCGCUGGACAGCAAACUCAGUGAACACAUCCUCCUCCUCCCUCCCCUCUCCCCAGCCUGACAGAGAGGAGAGCGCUGGACAGCAAACUCAGUGAACACAUCCUCCUCCUCCUCCUCCCCUCCCCUCUCCCCAGCCUGACAGAGAGGAGAGCGCUGGACAGCAAACUCAGUGAACACAUCCUCCUCCUCCCUCCCCUCUCCCCAGCCUGACAGAGAGGAGAGCGCUGGACAGCAAACUCAGUGAACACAUCCUCCUCCUCCUCCUCCCCUCCCCUCUCCCCAGCCUGACAGAGAGGAGAGCGCUGGACAGCAAACUCAGUGAACACAUCCUCCUCCUCCCUCCCCUCUCCCCAGCCUGACAGAGAGGAGAGCGCUGGACAGCAAACUCAGUGAACACAUCCUCCUCCUCCUCCUCCUCCUCCCUCCCCUCUCCCCAGCCUGACAGAGGAGAGCGCUGGACAGCAAACUCAAUAAACACAUCCUCCUCCUCCUCCUCCCUCCCCUCUCCCCAGCCUGACAGAGAGGAGAGCGCUGGACAGCAAACUCAGUGAACACAUCCUCCUCCUCCUCCUCCUCCUCCCUCCCCUCUCCCCAGCCUGACAGAGAGGAGAGCGCUGGACAGCAAACUCAGUGAACACAUCCUCCUCCUCCUCCCUUUACUGGGUUCUUUAUUAGAAUACCACACACACUGUAAGCACUGCACAGGAGUCGCACAGUACAACAGCAAGCUAGACCACAGCCUUGUUCUGCAGCUGUCGCCCGCAGAGCGUCUCCGUUCGUCUGCUCCAGCAGUUGCUUUGUACCACUGUGCUCAGUACACGCAGUCUGUGUUCAGUGUGUAUUCAUUUUCUUUGCUCGGUUUCUGCUGUUUUUUUUUUUUUUUUUUUUUUCUGAAAUGUUGGAAGUAUUUUAUUUUUAUUCCCUUUUGUUUAUGUUGGAUUUAAAAUAAAUUUUAAAAAAAAAGCAUCUCCAGUGCUGUCUAGUCCGAUGUUUGGAUCACUUUCAAGUCGUCUUUUAGUUGGCAAGCGGGAUCAUGAUGAAUAAAGUGCAAUUCCAACCUC